AUGGCGUCUCCGAAGCCCCAAGUUUCGUGUUCUGCUGUGCCGUCUGAAGAAUUCAGUGUAGUGCAAGUGUUAGACUCUAAUGAGCCACUUGUUGUGAGCUCCUCUUUAGGCCCCCCGUGUGGUGUAGUGCCGUCUGUAGAAUUGAGUGUAGUGAAAGUGUCGGACUCUGAUGAGCCACUUGUCGCGAGCUCUUCUGCAGGCCCCCCAUGUGUGCAGGUGUUGGACUCUAGUGAGCCACUUUUACCCAUGACUGUGCUAUCGAAACCAAUAGCUGGUAGUUCCCGCGCCACUGUUCCCAGUACCGUGUUGGUACUGCCGCCUGCGUCUCCAACGUCAUCUGAGAGCAGCGUGGCUGAUGCGGAACCUCGAGCUCCUGGUUCGUCUGGCCGAAGAGUCCACUACUAUGCCGAGGAAAUAAGGUGCCACUGGAAUAUGUAUAAAAUCAUAACCCGGCUCAACACCCCAGCUCAGUGCAUUGCAUUUUCUGAAGAGCAUAGGCUCCUUCCUACAGAAAAAAAUGUGCUCAUAUCGUAG